AUAAUAUAAAAUGCCAAGGCUCGAAGCUAGACACUACGCCGAAAAUCAUGCUAAUAAGAAUGAUAUGGCUUUGUUCAAACUUGCCAUCCUCGACUUCAAUAGGACGCAAAUGAUGCAUCAACAUGACCUCCACGAGAUGGCUUGGUGGUGGGAGGAUCUUGGGCUAUCAGAUAAAUUGAGCUUUGCUAGGAACAGAUUAAUGGAGUGCUUUUUCUGGAGCGUUGGCACAGCGUCUAAGCCUGAACAUAGCUCAUGCCGCGAGGCUUUAACAAAAGUCUUUAACUUCAUCACCAUUAUCCAUGACAUCUACGAUGUUUAUGGAACCAUUGAUGAGGUUGAGCUCUUUACCAAUGCCAUUAAGAGGUGGGACAUUAACGCUAUCGACGAGCUGCCAGACUAUAUGAAGCUAACCUUCCUUGCUUUAUACAACACAAUUAAUGAGAUAGGAUAUCAAAUUCUCAAGCAAAAGGGUGUUUAUUGCAUCCCUUACCUUAAGAAGACAUGGGAAGAUAUGUGUAAAGCAUUUUUGGUGGAAGCUAAAUGGUCAUACAAAAACCAGACUCCAGCAUUUGAGGAAUAUAUCAACAAUGGAUGGGUUUCAGUGUCAGGGGUUGUAGCAUUAACACACGCAUUUUUCUUUGUCACUCCAGAAAUUACUCCGGAGGCGCUUCAUUGCUUACAAAACAACCACGACAUUUUACGUUUGCCUUCCAUGGUCUUUCGACUAUCCAACGACCUUGCCACUUCUGCGACGGAAAUAGAAAGAGGAGAAACGGCAAAUGCAAUAUCAUGUUAUGUUAAAGAAGAAGGUGGAUCACUGAAAGACGCACGUAAACACGUAAGGAAGCUGAUUGACGAGAGCUGGAAAGGGCUAAAUGAAAUUCAAGCUGUUAACAAGAGUCCAUUUUCAAAAGAAUUUAUAGAAACGGCCAUGAAUCUUGCUCGAACAGCUCAAUGCGCCUACCAACAUGGAGAUGGUCAUGGAUCACCAGAACUCAUUAAAAAAAAGAUUUCUUCUAUCAUAGUUGAUCCCCUCCAAUUAUAAAUACGAGUAGUACUAUAAAUUAAUAAAGAGUCAUGCGCGCAGGCUCAGCACGGACAAAAGUUGUUACAAAUAAGCAUGAAAUUCAAAAUUAAGUGUUUUUUGUAUUAACUUUUCUUUGUUAUUGUUACUAUAUUUUGUUCCCAACGGAAACCUGAAACGUUACAUAGCUCAAUAUUAAUAGUUAAGUUUAAUUAUGAUUUUAGUUUGUCCGAAGCUUGCCUCUCCUUUGCAUCAAAAAAUAAAAAUAAAAAUUAGGGAAAUUCUCUU